AUCACGAUGAGCAACCGCGCGGUGAGCAUGGAUCAGCGAUGCCAGCUAGCGACGUUGAAGCAAAUACUCGACGUCGUGGCGGCAGUCGCUCUGCUUCGUUUGGCUUAAAAAUGGCAUACUUUCCACCUAGCGGCAACGGCAAGGGGUAUAAUCGGAGUUCAACAUCAGAUGCGGCCGCUUGGCGAGAAACGACGAUGCCCCAGCGUCCGAUGGCUUACCGGAAAGACUAUACGACGGCCGGCAAUAGUGCCGCAGAGGACGGCCAGACUAGUGGUGGAAUGUCCUCGCUCGACGUGGAGCCCCCAGCGUCGGAGCAAGGUGUAGCGGAGUCGUGUGGCAAUAGUCAAGAAUCGGAGGCUGGUGCUGUAGGUACUACAAAUCAAAAACAAAACCGAGUAACUGCAGGAGGAUCUUAUUAUCCUAGCAGCGGUGCUACCGGAUCCACCACUGGCGCAAACAACUCUAUGCGAGGAGGUCGCGAGCAUCAGCCUUACAGCGCACCAGGACAGACCGAUUAUUAUGGUUCGAAAAUGGGUGGGUUGGGGAAAUGCGGAUCAUCAUAUGCACACUCUUCAGGUAAAGGCGCGGGGGAGCCUCGCUACCGGGGAAAGUCGCUUGGGAGCACGAAUGGAAGCGGCGGCGGAGUGGGAGCGCAGCAGCACGGCUGGAAUAGCGCGGGGAAAGCAGGCACAACGUCAAAACAGUUCUCGGGAUCCUGGAGUACAACUGCGACUCGCGGUGCGAUUCUACAUGGUAGCGUUUCUGCAUGGAGUCACGCGAAUGUGACUGUGGUACAGGAGGCUCACAAGGGACGGGAACAGCCAGGUCUGCGCGCGAUGUCAAGAUACGCAGACCACAUGCAAAACCCAAGAGUGCUCGGUCAAGAGCAUGGAACAGCGGAGGUGGACGAAGGGGAAGGCCCUGCCACCGCAGAUGCGGCGUCGCUGGUGGAGAGCAUGCCGGUCGGUGCUGGUGUGCAUCGCGAGCGCCGGGCAGACUGGUCCUCAGCGUGGAAUCGGAGGCGCACG